GGUAAACUUGGAAUGAACUACACAUUAAUUCCAUUCUCGCAUCCUUUCUAAAUGGCGGAAGUAAAACUUUCUUUUGGUUUUGCUGUAGUGUUGUAUGUGUUCAUGGCUGCACGUUUAUGUUACACCGACAACAAUAGGUCUUCAAGUUCCCAUGAGAAUGUUGAGGUUCAAAAGCUUUUAAAUAGUUUAAACAAACCUGCGGUCAAAUCCAUUAAGAGCUCCGAUGGUGAUAUAAUAGAUUGUGUUCGUAUCUCUGAUCAACCGGCUUUUGAUCAUCCCUUGCUCAAAAACCACACUAUCAAGAUGAGGCCAAUUUAUCAUCCAAACCCCGUAGAUGUCACCAAAGUGUCAUCCAUGAUGAAUUCUACAACAGAUGGGCGUUCAUCAUCAUCAAUUACUCAAUUGUGGCAUUCGACUGGAAAAUGCCCAAAAGGGACUAUCCCCGUUAGAAGAACAAAGAAAGUGGACGUACUCAGAGCCAGUUCUAUCAAAAGUUUUGGAAAGAAAAGGAGUUCUUUUGGUGCUAAAUCAAGCUUGUUUGAUGUUGAACUCGAUGCAAGUGAACAUCAUGAGUAUGCGGUUGCAUCUACAAAGAAUGGGCAGUUUUAUGGAUCAAAAUCAGCUCUAAAUCUUUGGAAUCCAAAAGUUCAAGAAAGUAAUGAAUUUAGUUUGGCUCAAACGUGGGUAGUAGGAGGUACUUAUGAAACGGGUCUUAAUACCAUCGAAGCAGGUUGGCAGGUGUAUCCAUUGAUCUACGGAGACACUAACACGAGGCUGUUCAUCUACUGGACUAGUGAUGGAUAUCAAAAAACUGGAUGUUACAAUCUUUGCUCCGGGUUUAUUCAAACCAACAAUAAGUAUGCAAUUGGGGGCAGUUUAUCUCCUACUUCAGAAACAGAUGGUACUCAACAAGAACUCACCAUACUUAUAUGGAAGGACAACGCAGGGGGCGGGGAUUGGUGGAUGCAACUCAAUGGAGAAACAAUAGGAUAUUGGCCAUCCUCGUUGUUUACACACUUAAGGAAUAGUGCGUCAAUUAUACAGUGGGGUGGAGAGAUUAUAAAUAGACGCUCACAAGGGCGUCAUACAACUACCCAAAUGGGCAGUGGUCAGUUUCCUAAACUAUGGUAUCGUAAAGCAAGUUAUAUAAGAAAGAUUGAAACAAUUGAUCAAUCAAACGCUUUAAGGACCGCAGAAGUAUCAACCUCACAUGAGCAAAAUUGCUAUGACAUUUUGACGCGCAUCACUACUGAUAACUUCUGGGGCACGCACUUUUUCUAUGGUGGACCUGGUCGAAACCCAAACUGCCCGUGAAAAAGUUGUAACAUCCGGAUUUUCAGUGUAAUAUAUAUUGGAUUGUUUAAUUAUAAGUACUUCCAAAAGAUUGCCCUUGGAAAGAUUGUAACAUCCCGAACUCUUGGUGUAAUAUACAUGGAAUACUUUAUUCUAUAUAUAAUAUAAAAAAUCUAUGUUUGUGA